ACUUUAGAGAGGAGGCUUGCUUUUACGUAGUCGACGUAGGCUUGUAACCGAUUACGUGGCUCGGAGGCACGGAGAAAGAGGUUUAUAGGCUCUGCGUCGCCUCCAACAUUAGUAUUCCGUGGCCAUAAACGUUGCUCGCUCAGAUAGAGAGUGAAAGUGAGGGGGAGAGAGAGAUAGAGAGGAUGUUCCCCCUUGCAUCAUUGCCGUUCAAUUACGGCCGCAUCUGCAGGAAUUUCGAGAGAAUUUGACGUUAAGUUAUUGUGCUUAUGUUGAUCUAUUUCUUCGAAUUUACAGAGAGAAAAUGCUUUUCAGGUGUUUCAGAGGGAUUUCCUAGGUUUUUGUGCAGUGGAGUAACCAUUUUGAUUUAUAUAUGCAGAUAUAGUGAGUGAAAGCGUUCGUCUGGGUCGUCUUUAUAAAAUUUAAAUCAUAGUUGCUUUUUCAGAAAGAAGUCAAUAAGGAGCUUGUGAGUGGAUAAGCAGUUAGAGAGAGAAAUUAUAAAGAACAUUUGGGCUGACGAUAAUGCCAGACCAUGUGGUACGAAGUUAUCGUCCCAGCAAUUCCCCAAAAUAUAUGCUAGGUAGCGCAAAACCUGGUGAAUCCAUGCAACCAUUGCAAUCAUCGUGGAUUUCACAUUGGACACAUCCAAGCAAUGAUUCAGCUGCUCAUGUUCUUAAGAGGUUCCUUGUUCAUGGCGAUAGGUCAAAUGAUGAAAAGAAUAUUCUCAGACAGGCUUAUGAGUCUCAUCAUGUGGCAGAGCUGAGAAAAGCUAUAGAUUUGGACAAGGCACCAACUAGUAGCUGCAAAGAUAACAAGAAAGGUAUAUCCGAGGGACAAAAUGUGGUUGCCAUGGCUUCCAGUUCCCUUCAAUCUGGUACAAAACUGUUCCCUGAAGAUGACAAAAUCAGGAUUGCAGAUAACCACCAGGAGUUGUUGAAGGAUGAAAAAUAUAAUUUGAGUCCUUCUUUGAAAGCUAAAACAAUAUCCAUUUCAGAUAAAUUCCAUGAUUUUUUAAAUGAAGGCUCUAACAAUUUGAGUCCUUCGUUGGAAGGUAAAUCAAAACAACUGGAUCUGUUACCUUUAUGCAAACUAGGUGGGGCCUCUGGAGCAUCAUGGCCAUUGCCUGUCCGAUCUGUGCAGCCAACCCACCAUGCUUCUUCAAGUUUGGUCCAACAACCUCUUCUAACUUCUCUCGAGAAAGGCAUAUGGAGCUCUGCAACUUCAAAGAUUGAUCGUAUAGGCAAGCACACCCAUGUAACUGAGCUGAAUAAGGAACAGAAGUUUGGAACUGGUUCAGUAAGCGCCAGUACAAAGAAGCUAACCCAACCAUCUGGAGAAUCUUCUCUAAACAAAGCAGUUUCUCCUAAAAAAGCAUUUGACUUUCGAGUGCUUGAAACCACUAAUUGUCCUGAACAGAAACUGGGACCACAUGACAUCAUGGAGUCUACAGACGAUAAUGUGGAAUCAGCUUCUAGUUUAAGCUUUCAUGGAGUGCGUGAUACACUGGGUCAUCAUGGAUCAAAUAUGAGGUUGGUUAUGCAGGAAAGUCAAGAAAAAGAGUUCUCUAGCUCUAGAGUGAUGGCACAGGAGGAGAGAUUCGUGACAAUGAAUGUUUCUCAAUUGGGACAGAAACACACUCAUGGUAGUCACCUUUCAUUUUCGGGUGCUGAUAAGAAUUCAGAGAAACAACCCAUUUUGGGGAACUAUGAGAGCCCAUAUUUAGCGCAAAGUGUUGCUAUCUUACAGCAAGAAUGUCAUCUUCCACAAGAGGAUUUCCACAACCCAAAUCUCACUUUGGAAGGAAAUAGGGGGCCACAUGACUUUUCUGGUAAAGCAAUGUUGCAGAGUCACAUUAAUACUACAGGGGAAACAAAUUCAAUGGAAUUUAAGUCUAACCAGAAGUUUCCAUAUAGAAUGCCGUCUUGCUCUAUGCAUGAUGUAGAAACAUAUAGAAUAAAUGCAACUGUGAACUCCAUAGAGGGUUUGCCUGGAGAACUUCCCAAAUUCUCGAAGAUGAUCCAUCAUUUGCUUAUAACAAAGGAGACUAAUUUGACACUUUCCAAGCAAGAAAUCACGUCUAGAGAUUCAAUGCUACCUGCAAAGGUUGAAGGAAGUUCAUUUCAGAAACUGUUUAAUCUAGCUCCUAUGCUCAGUCUCUACAGUAAACAAGAAAUCCUGGUUGAGCCUCCAAUUAACUCAUCCAGGUCUCAGUUUUCAGAUCAGCCAUUGCAUAGUUUACCAUGCAAAAUUCAGGAUGACAAGAGAGAUGCAUCCAGUUCAGUGAAAGUUCACAAUAAAAUCAGUUACAUGGCUAAUGAUUCAAAUGUGUGCUCUGAAAGGCCUCACGUGACAUCAAAAUUCAGUAUAGAACUUGAAAGUGACAAGACAAAUAGUUGUUUCGAUGAGGAACAGGACUUUGAACGUCGUGUUAUUAAGGCUGGUUCUCAUGAGAGAGACAUUCAGUGGUCUGCCAAUUCUGAUCUCAGGAAAAAUGAUGUUUUUCAGACUCAUAACGUUCUCCAUGGAAAGGCUUCAGUGGUGGACAAGGAUUCGACCAGUGCUGAUAUGAAGAGUCUAGGCAAGUCUCAGGAAACUGGGGCUUCAUUGAGUCGUGAGGUAGAAACGGAAAUGCAUGAUACCCUGAUACCCAACAAACCACAAAAUAAAAUAACAGCUGCCAAACUUUGUUCGGUAGCUGGGGUCUCACUGCACGGUAGAGAGUUAAGCACACCAAGAACCCAGAGCUUGGAGGCUGACCAUCUUCUCUCUGGUUAUCACGAGGCAGAAACUUCGCAUUCCCCCUUCCAACAAGAGGGUGAUGUCUCCUUGAAUCUGAGCAAUAGAUGGGUGAAGCGACUCAGAUUAAGUACAUCGGAAUCACUUAAUAUGAACAGUUCUGAAGUAGGAAAGAUGCCCCCAAAACAUGAAUCCAUCAAACUGUUUAGCAAAGUACUGAAUUACCAAAGAGGGAGUUCUGGGGCCAUAUCAAAAGGGAAGAGGCCCCGAAAUCUCAUAGAAAACCCUGAUACUUCCAGUAAUCACUUGGUCAUACUUGGACACGGUGGUACUUUUGCAAAACUUUUAAAUGAAAAAACAGAAUCAAUCUUUUCAGACCCUUGGAUUCAAAGAUGGAGGGCUCCAUCAAGGGAAAUACAUCCAGUUUUGGACCCUGAGCAAGUCACUUGUGAGCCUGAGAGGGUCCCAGAGCGGAAAGAUUUUCAGAAACAGUUUCCAAGUGUAGCAGCAAUGGCACUUAUGGGGAAGGCCAUAAGCAAUUUUAGGCCAUCUGAGUUUAAGAAGAAGGGGUCUUUAAUAAUUUGGAGUGCUUAAGAGUCGUGAUGGAAGUGAAGUUUAGAAGGAUUCUAAGUUAAAUUUCUGAACUGACUCUAACACACUGUUAUGACUGCAUGGGGCCCCAUUUCAUUUUCUGGCAUCUAUGGUUUCUCAGUUAGUCGUGCAGUUUUUGUGCUGAAGUUAAUAUUUUGUGGAUGGACUUCUGAAGGCACAGAGGAAACCAGAAGCAUGACAGGCCUUUCUUCUUGCUCUCUUGGGAGCAAAAUUUUCUUCUUGGCAGCUAACAUGGUGGGGAUUUUCAGUUCCUCCAUGAGCAACAAGCUUAAAUCUUGAAUAGGUGUAUAUCAUAUUUAGUAUGAAUCCCUGUGGCGAGGUCUUCACGACCAUACUUGUCCAUAAUUAUCAAGACUGGACAAUACCACCUGGUCUGCCCGCUUAGGCAGAUCGGGAUACCUGCGCCCUCUGCUCUUCUGCAAGUCGAAUAGGUGAUUCCCAAAAAAUGGUCCAAAAAUUGGGAAUCACCCGAUUUUUUGAAAAAAGUCGCCUGGUCCACUACAGUGAACUGCGCUAUUUAGUGCAAACCAGGGCUAGUCACUGGUUCAGACCAUCCAUAACUGGUGAUCCCUUGGUUCCCAGGCGGAAUGGGCGAUUCCUAUCCCACUCAACGAUCCAACACUGAAAAGAAAAACUUUAUUUGGCUUGACUUGGAAGUUUUGGAACUGCUAUCAUCAAAUCAUUUAAAGAUGAUGAUUCUGAUAUGAACUGGAUCAUAUCUUCUCUAAUUAUCAAGGAAAACAUGUUUCCCAUCACAUGUGUGUGUGUGUGCCGGGGGGGGGGGGAGGAGAGAGAGAUCAAACAAAUCUUGUUCCUUGUCUUCUGUUAGAUCCAACAAAUCAUGUUCCUCAUCUUGUUUGUUUACAAAUAAUGUUCUUCAUUAUGUGUUUGUGGAGAGAGAGAGAUCUUCUUUUGCCACUAAUGUGUUGCAUGGAAACAUGAGAACCUGUCACAUUCAUAGAUCUUGGCAUCAAUGUAUCGGGAAGAAAGUUAAUUCCUUUAAUGCCAGUGGAAUGUCAAAUGGCUAUAUGUGAACA